AUGGACAUCAGACCUUGGCUCCAGGAUUUAUAUGCGCCUUCAAUCCUGGUGGCCGCGACCCCAGCGGCGGAGGCAGCGGUGCAGGUCAAGAAUGGGUUAAGCCUUGUUGACCUGCUGCGCCCAUACAGUAGCGUUUACCAACUUAAUGUACCUGUGCGCGUUGGAGAGGCGUCAGUGCGCGUCCAGGAUCUCCGCAUCCGCUUCUACGAUGCCGCUACCUUGUAUCAACCGCCACCGGAGGUCAUGGAGGAGCACCUUCAGGAGGUGCUCAAAGCAGCGGCCCAGCGCCAUGCCCGACUGGAGCCAGUUCCCGACCUGCUCCAGCGCUUCAUGUCAGGCAACCCUCCGGACAUGCGGGAGCUGACACCGUGGUUCACGGCGUACCGCUCGGAGUUCCUGCGGCUGCUGCGGCUCGGGGACCACGAGACGUUGGACUACCCUGUUGCAUGUGUGUACGCCAUCCCCGCCGACGUGGUCAACCCCGCCUCCCACUUCGACACGCUGGUUGCGCAGCUAGUGAUGCCGCCGCUGAUGCAGCAGGACGUCAUGUAUACUGUGCGUGAUAAGGACUUCCCGCGUCACUACCUGCUGCUGCUGGAUGUGGCAGCUGGCAUGAGUGAGAAGCGGGCUCAGGAGAACCUAGCUGCGAUACGGAGGCUGUACGGUGAAGCGCAUUGCUCGCUUUUGCGAAUCAACUCUGGCAAUGGCGACAGGACCCACAGUGGCGCGCCUGUGGACUUCUUCGCACGCUACCAGCACGCCUGCCUGCCCAGCGGCGGUGCGGGGGAGCCUAUGGCGCGGCCACCGGCGCCACCCGGAGGUGUUGGCGCGUACCUAACGGUGCAGGACUUGGAUGGCGUUGGCGCUUUCGUGCGGGAUUUCGUGUCGAAGACGGUGCUGCCGAAGCUGGAAGAUCGUAUCGCGCGGCUGAACGCGUCCAUCACCGCUGCCCGCCGCGGCCUGCGCAACCGGCUCAACCGCUUCUGGAAGGGCACGACGGAGGACCGACAGACGGACCGGCCAUAUCCUUGGCACAGCGUGGAGGGCCAGAUGCGGCAGCUGGGCGACCUGGCAUUUCUCUUGCGUCAGUAUGCUUUUGCGGAGUCAACCUACCGCCUGGCUGCGCAGGAUUACUUGGGGGAGGGCAACAGCAAGUGGUACGCUGGAGUGGAGGAGAUGAUCGGCCUGUGCACCGUCCUCGGUGAGCCCGCGGAUCCCAUCGCGGCGGUGCUGCUCCAAAACGACCCCAUGAAGUACUUCAUGCGUGCCUACGAGAAUUACAUCAAGCCACCCGCGGCGGUGCUCGUUGCCACGGCAGCGGUCGUGGCGUCCGCCAACGGCCCGGCUGGCGUCUCGGCGACGGGGGCGGCAGCAGCAGCGGCGCAGCCGCGUCCUGCGGCCGUGGCGGCCGGAAAGAUUGGCCGCAUGCUGGCGACGCGGGUGAUCUUGUUGGGCGCGGCGGUGCAAAGCGCGGCGGGACGGCACCGCGCCACCAGUGAUGCGCUGAUGCGGGCGCAAUCGGAGGAGGAGAAUGCGCGCGCUGGGCUUCUACUAGAGCAGUCAGCUUACUCAAUGCUGUACGUGAGGCCACCGCUCGUUCGCAAAUUUGCGUUCCAAAUGGUGUUGGCUGGCAUACGUUACAUCUGCUGUGGCCAGAAGCGCAUCGCCAUACAUGCCUACCGACAGGUGUUGUCGCUAUACGUCGGGAAGAAAUGGAAGUACCUCGAGGAGCACCUUCACGCGGUGUUGGGAGCCCAGUGCGUCGAGUACGGCGACAAGGAACGGGCGCUCUGGCACUUCAGUUCCCUUCUGGAUUGUGCACAUCGGCCGCCAGCCCAACAGAACAGCAACGUGGCGCAGUUCCUGAACCUGCUAGCCGGCAUCCGCGACCAGCUCGCCAUUACGCAGGAUGGCGCGAGCCUCGUAGACCGCCUCCCGCUCCCGGUCGUGAACCGCCACGAGGUGCGGGUGCUGUGCAGCGACAGCGCCUGCUAUGCAGGUCCGGCUGCGCGGACGGUACCUGACAGCACGUGGAUUAAGAUGGAGGCGUGUUGCACUAGCGGCUCCAACAACUGGCUCGUGGAUGGCGGCGUCAAGCAAGAACGCGACCACGAGGAGUACACGAUGUGCGUAUGCGGUGAGGAAGUGGGUGUGCAAGUGGAGUUCAGGAACCCGCUGGCGCUGAAACUCAAGGUGUCGAAUGUUCGGCUCAUCUGCUCGUUCACACCCGAGGGCGAUACAGCGGCGGCAGGGGCAGGAGCAGGAGCGGGGGGCCAGGCAACGAGCACAGCGGAGCGCAGCAGCAGCAGCGGCGGCAGCAGCGUGUUGCUGACGGCCGGCGUGCAUCCGCUGCUUCCUGGCCAAUCGCCGGCGGAGCUCACAGCUCAGCCGGGCAGCGAGUUUAUAACCGUCUCCGAGGCGCAGCUCACGUUGCAUCCCGGCGAGGCCAUGGUUGAGGUGCUGAGAGUGCUGCCGCACACACCCGGGUGGCUGAGGAUCACAGGGGUGACGUGGACACUCAACGGCGUGGCGCAUGGCCGCAUCACCUUCGACGUCAAGGGCCGCCGCCGGAAGCGACCCAAGGGCACAAGGCCGGGCCAGCUGAAGCAUUACCCGCCCCACCGGCGGCUGCUGUUCCAGGUGCUGCCCACCAUGCCCCGUUUGGAGCUCCUAUCGGACCCGCUGCCACCCGCGCUGUACUCGGGGGAGUUGUGCAGGGUCAUAAUGCGCAUCCGGAACGGGGGCGGGCUGCCACUGCGGUCUCUGGCGCUGGUGGUGGGGCACCAGGAGGCGGUGUGUCCCGCGACGGACGCCAACAGGAACAAGCCGCCACUGGAAAGCCUGACGGAUCCGCGUGAGGUGGUCCAGCUCAGCAAGGUGCCGUCUUCCGUGCGCGGCAACUUCCAGCUCUACCGCCUGUGGCCGGGUCGAGAGCUGGCCCCGGGCGAGGUGCUUGAGUGGCCGCUGUGGCUCCACCCACGCGGCGUCGGCACUCUUAAGCUGCCGUUGGUGUGGUACGGCGAGCCCGCGGUUUCGGGCCCCAAGGGCGGCAUGCGCCACCGCACCUUGCGCAUCUGCGGCAGCGUUUCAGUGCAGCCGCUGCUGGCGGCUCGCCCCACAGUGUGGCCUUCGCCCACGCAGCUCUCCCACUACCUGCUGCGCCUGGGCAUUGACAACAGCAAGGAGGGGGAGCGCGUCGUCCUGCAGCAGGUGGCAGCAGUCACGGCGCCACCGCUGAACGGCGGCGCCAGCAACGGCGCUGAGCCGACCUUGGCCUCGGGCCUGGGUGCCUCUGAUUGGUCCAUCUCCCUCCUGGGCAGCCAGAGCUCGUCGACGGUAGGCGCGGCUGCGGAGCAGAUGCCGACGUCGACGCCGGCGUCAACAUCGCCGUCGACGGCCGAAGAAAGUGCUGCCGCCGGCGCAGCGGCCAUGAUGACGUUGCUGCGGAGCCUACCGCUGGCUGUACCCUUGCAGCCUGGCGAGUCUGCCAGCCUGUUCCUGCAGCUUGUCGCGCCGCCGGCGCUACCCAAACACCCGACGGUGCCAUUGCCAGCGGCAGCAGGGACCGGGGAGGCGGGAACCGCAGAUUCUGCGGGCUCACGGACGGUGGCUGCAGGUUCCGGAGCGGCUCCGGCUCCAUCCGGGAGUGGUCUGGCGGCACCGGCGUGGCAGGAGGAUACGUCUACUGCUACUGCCGCUGCUGCUGCCGCGGCGGCGCCUUCUGCCAAGUUCUCUGUGACACAGGCAGAGGAGGCUGUGCAAUCGCUCGCAAUUGCUGACAGCGGCGUGGCGGGGUCCAGCGGUCGCCCGCCGUACGUUGACGGCUCCGACACGGGCCUUCAGCGGCUGAAUUUGUUCGGACCUGGCGUGUUGGCACACUUCUACCGGCGCGGCCGGAGAAGUAUGAUGGCGACCAUUGGCGCUGCGGCCGCCGCGACGGCGGUGGCAGCAGCUCCUGCCGGCUCCGGCCUGUUGAGCACGGUGCCGCCCCCGUCUCGCGGCGCCUCUGCACCACCACCACACGCUCCUCCGUCCCCGCUGUCGCCAUCUCCCGCGGGUCCUGGAGGUCUGCCACACCUUCAGCCCGGUGCUGGCGGCGGUGGAAUGCUAGGACCUGGCCUGGGCCCGCACGGCGCCGCGCAUCACCCGCACCCCCAAUUCCACGCGCAUGCCCACGGCCAUGCCCAUUCCCACCCGCACCCGCACUCGCACCCGCACCCGCAGCAGCAGCUAGACGGCAACCUACCGCGCGGGCCGCCUUACGGCGGCGUCACAGGAGGCAUGGUACCUCUAGGCCCCGUCAAUUUAACCAACACGCAAGGCACGCCGCAAGGGGUCUUCGGGGCUGGCGGCGCGGGCAUGGGACGGUCAUUGGCUCCCGCAGGGACCCCUACUGCGUCUGGCGUGGCAACUGGGACUCUGGCCCAAGGCACGGUGCUGGGAAGCUCUGGCCCGGGCCGGCCGGGGCAGGUGGUUCCCCUGGCCGAUCCCCCCUUGGACCUGUUGGUGCUGUGGCACGUGGCAUCGAGCACAAGGACGGGCCACCACCAGGGUCAACAGCGGAUUGGGCUGUGCAGGCCCUACGACCAACAGACGGCGCGCGACCUCUCCGGCUGCUUGCAGGCCCAGACGAACCCUAUUCGGAUGCUGCUGACGGGGCCCAACGGGGCCAGCAGCGCAGCUAGCAACGGCGGCAGCGCGGGACCGGUGGUACGACAUGACUUCCGGCGCAGUUCGCUGGCGGUGGUACCGCUGCGGCUGGUGGUGCGGAACAAUAUGGGUGUGGAGGCUAGGCUGCAAGUCGAGGUGGGCGAUGGCUGGCAGUCCGCCGACGCUCCCAACAGCUGGCAGGCCUCCACCUCCAUAUUGGGCUCCAGCACCAGCACCAGCCUAGGACCAGCAGCCCAGAUGGGCCUGGGAGGCAGCGGCGCCACCGCAGCCAGCGCUGCUGGCACCAUCCACGCGGGCCCUACGGGCGGCAGCUUGCCGGCCGGCCCUGCGAGUGCUGGGCCCACGGGCGGCAGCAACGCGCCGGGCGGUGGCCUCUCCUCGGGCCUGAGCCUGGGUGGCAGCGUGAUGCCCAUCACGUAUCAGGCGGGUCUGCCGCCCUGUCCGGAGUUCUGCUGGGUGGGGCCGACCUGUGUGGCGGUGCCGCGGGUGGAGCCGGGCGGCGAGGUGGAGGUGCCGCUGGCGGUGGCCGUGUUCAGGCCUGGUGCCUACUGCGUCACAGGCUACCGCUGCACAGCAUACAUGGAGUCUACAGGCGCCGUGGAGAACGCCACUACGAGUCUACGCCAGAAUGCCAGGUGGUCAGAUGCGUUGUGCGUUAGACACAACCAACUGAAGUACAACUUCCAAACCGAGCUAGAAGCACUAGUAGCCGACAAGGACACGGGCAAGCCGAAAGGUUAUGGGUUUUGCGAGUUUCAUGAUGUCCAGACAGCUCAGUCAGCGGUUCGCAACCUAAACAAAUAUGAAGUAAAUGGGCGGAUGCUUCGCGUGGAUUUUGCGGAUGAGCAUACGCAAGACGCGCGUGGCAAGCGUGAUAAAGAGCCCAGGGGACCUGAGGGCAGGAGAGGACCUGAGCAGUCGCUCGCGCCGGGGCCGCCCCCGGGCACGAGGCCAAUCGGACGUGAGGCAGCGGGCGCGGCCGCGGCCCAAAUGAACGCGUUGCUCGGCAACGCGCCAUACACAGGGCCCUCCCAGGAGAAGAUCUCCACGGUCAUCGCGGGCAUGACGCCCAUGCAGCUGUUUGAGAUUCUAUCGCAGAUGCGCACGCUGUGUCAGCAGAACCACGCAGCUGCGCGAUCUAUCCUCGUGGCGAACCCGCAGCUGACUAAGGCGCUAUUCCAGGCGCAGCUGCCGCCGCCACAACAGCCGCCGCCACCGCAGCAGCAGCAGAUGGGACCCCCGGCACAGCCCAGCGGUGGGCCGAUGGGACCGCCGCCACCGCACGCGAUAGCACCGCCACCGCCCGAUGGAGUUUACAGCCACAUUAUGCUAACUGUGACUGUGACUCUUGAGUGUUUUGUGCCGCCUGUUGCCUGUGGUGCCCAUGAGAAUGCGGGCACUGAGGACCUUGAGAGUGUGCGUGUUCCCGCAUCGACGGCAGUACCCGGGCAGCCGGGGCAGCAGAUGGUCACUGUGGUCAGCGGCUUGCCACCGGGCCCCAUGCUCAUCGAUCCUGCCACUGGCCUUCCGUACACUGCGCCUCCGGGUGCCGUGAUUGUGCCAACGGGUCAGCCGGCGCCACAGCCGCAGCAGCCCAUCUUACAAGCAGCGCCACCACCACCGCCCCAAGCGCCGCCGCAGCCUUUGCCCGCACCAGCGCCCGAGCCUCAACCGCAGCCUGUGCCGGCACCUGCUCCUGCUCCAGUGCAAACGGCUCCUGCUGCACCGGCGCCAGCCCCGGCCGCAGGGCCACCGGCCACCGUGCAGCUGCCUGCCAACCUGGCGCCACAACAGGCCCAGGUGCUGCAACAAGUUCUCAGCUUAACUCCGGCGCAGAUCGACGCGCUGCCGCCCGCACAGCGCCAGCAGCCGCUAAUUGCACAUAAGGACAAGGAAGACCGGUCCACUGGGCCGCAGCAGCCGCAGCUGCUGCGCAACCGCGAGGGAACGAGCGAGCUGUGGGUCACAGGGGCAAACUUCGCGGAGCCAUGUGUCGAGCACUCGAAAUCAACGCGAGCUUGUGGCUUGCAUCUCAGAGCAACUCACUCGAAUCUAGCUCACAGGUUCGACAGGUCCCUAACUCGUAAUUGCCAAGUGGUCCGUCUAUGGAAGCUAAAACACCUCAUGUUCACACGCUGCCAGCCAACGAACGGAACCAGACACAGCCGAGCACGUCUGCGCAUAUCCACAUCGCAACGUCUCACGGGGGCCAGGUACAAGAUCGACGGACAGCGCCGCCUGUGGUCCCUGUUAUCCUUUACUAACAAACCCCUGCCAACGCGCCCGUGCCAGUCCACUUUUAACUGGUCGGCAUCCACGUUCGGCGCGGCCCUCAUCCCCCAUGGUGCCGCAAACCACAUCCGCAGGUCGGAGCUGGCCAUCGGCGUGUUGCCUGGCGGCCAGGGUAUCGGGCAGGAGUCAAGAGACCUGGCGGCGGCACCAAAGGCGACCGAGCCAAACCGCUGA